AUGUUAAUUUUGUUAAUAACCAAUGUUAUUGUCCUUCCUGUAGCCAUCUCAUUUUUCAGUGAGGAUAUCCAUUCGGCAAAAUGGAUCGGAUUUAAUUUGGUAUCAGAUGCAUUUUUCUUAUUUGAUAUUGUUGUCAAUUUUAGAACAGGAGUGAUACGAAAUGAUUAUGUUGAUGAAAUUAUUUUGGAACCGAAAAAGAUUGCUAUUCAUUAUGCUAAAACUUGGUUUGCUGUUGAUUUACUAUCAUCUUUGCCUGUUGAUUAUAUCUUUUUAUUUAUUGAAACCGGUGAUGGAUCCUAUCAAUUAGCGAGAACAGGACGAGCAAUCAAGGUGCUAAGAUUAGUCAAAUUAUUGAGUUUAUUAAGAUUGUUGAGAUUAUCAAGAUUAGUCAGAUAUAUUCAUCAAUGGGAAGAAGUAAGCAUAAAAAUAGUUUAUAUUAGACACUACGCAUGUGGAAAAUAUCGGUUUCUAAAUCAUUUCAAAACAUGUGACAAACUUUUUUUCUUUUGUAAUAACUCGUAGUAUUCUUGAACAAGAUCAUAUCAUACGCAUAUAUGACGAAAAUUUAUCACGUCUAGCAAUUCUUUCAUAUACAAUAUUCUAUGCAAGUCUAUACAUUGUACCGUUGGAAAUAACAUUGAGUUAGGUCGUACUUAGGCACGCGUAAAGCAUAGCUCCUGUCGUCAUCCGUGAAAGUGCAUGAAAUAUUGCAUAUAAACGAACUGCUAUUUAAAACAAAUUUUUACCAUACAAAGUAAUAUUUUUGAAAAAAACAUUUUUGUCGAUCAGUUGAAAAUCAUAGAAACGAAAGCAAGAGCAUUCUUAGGAAAGUGACCAGAAGUACUUACUUAUUUACAACAAAAUGUUUAAAAAUGUGUGACCAUAUAUUUAAUUCUUCUAUUUUGGACAUACAUUCAUUUAUUACAUAACCAAAUGUGAUGUCUUCGUCCGUGGUUAUUAAUAUUUCGUAGUUAAAAAAACUAUUAUUGGUUUUAAUCACGCAGCGGAGGAUUUUGUUUUUCUUUGCAUUCCCUUGCAUUGAACUUGUGCAAAACGCAUGUUCACACACUGAAAUAAAAAAGAAAAAACUCACAUGUCAAUACGCGGGAAAUAGUUGUCACGCUUGGAAAUACACUGAAAAAUAACUUUACACAUGAUUCUACGCAGGAUGCUGCGUAGGAUCAUGCAUGGAUAUUUUGAAACAUGUAUGGAAAUCUGUUUAGGAACAGUUUCUACAUGUUACCAUGUGUGAAAAUCGACUAUUCAAUGCAUACUCAUGCGCUACUACAAAUGGGAAAAAGUUACCACGUCUUUCCACGUCAUAAAGAGACCGAAAAUUUCCACAUGAGUAGACAUUGACCGCUUUGACUGUUGCAACGAUAAAGUAUAGAUUUUCGAUGAAGGCUAGCAAUAGUUUUAAUAACAGUGUUACUAAGUAACUGCGCUCACUUUAGUAUUACAUUACGUACCAUCUAGAGAAGUAAGACUUUGAUCGAGGAAAUUCAGAGAGUUUAUGCUCGAUAUGACAGUAAAAGUUCAGUAAUCAAGCUCUUUUAUGCUAAACUCUGUACUAAUGUUUCGAUUUCUCCUGAGAGAUGUCAUUUUUAGGUAAGAUUAAUAAAACAUAAACGGUUCUCUCUGCUCUUUUGUCUGAUUCAUUCAUCUUUAAAACUGAUAUUUGGUAGUUCAAAGGAGCCACAAAAAUCCCUGUUUUUUCUUUAGAUUGUUUUCUUUAAUUUUGAAAAUCGUUCGUCCAUCAUGUUUAGAAUCAUCGGAUUCGAUAUCGUUUUAUAGAACUUCGCAUUGGAAAUUUUCUUCGUGCU